CCCUGCUCUCCCCCCGUGGGUCUAUCAGCUGAGGUCGCGUUGGCCUGGGGUGAGAUGCUGCCGGCGCGAGGAGCCAUGGCCAACUUCCGUCUAGCACUAAUCCAACUUCAUGUAUCUGCUGUCAAAUCAGAUAAUCUGAACAAAGCUUGUGGAUUGAUAAGAAAAGCAACAGCACAAGGAGCAAAAGUUGUGGCUCUGCCUGAAUGCUUUAACUCUCCCUAUGGUACUAAAUAUUUUGCUGAAUAUGCAGAGAAAAUCCCUGGAGAAUCCACACAGAAGCUCUCAGAAGUUGCAAAGGAGUGUGGCAUCUACCUCAUUGGAGGAUCCAUUCCAGAGGAGGAUGCUGGGAAGUUGUAUAACACAUGUACUGUUUUUGGACCGGAUGGUGCUAUGUUGGCUAAGCACAGAAAGAUUCAUUUAUUUGACAUUAACGUUCCUGGGAAAAUCCGGUUCCAGGAGUCAGAAACUCUGAGCCCAGGGGACAGUUUCUCCAUGUUUGAUACUCCAUACUGUAAAGUGGGACUGGGGAUCUGCUAUGACAUCCGAUUUGCUGAGCUUGCUCAAAUCUACACACAGAAAGGUUGCCAGCUGCUAGUGUAUCCAGGGGCUUUUAAUAUGACAACUGGACCAGCCCACUGGGAACUACUGCAAAGAGGACGAGCGGUUGAUAACCAAGUCUACGUGGCUACUGCAUCUCCUGCUAGGGAUGAGAAAGCGUCUUACGUUGCCUGGGGACACAGCACUGUAGUAAACCCAUGGGGGGAAGUCAUAGCCAAAGCUGGCACCGAGGAAACCAUUAUCUACACAGAUAUAGACCUGAAGAAGCUUGCAGACAUCCGCCAGCAAAUCUCCAUUCAUACUCAAAAGCGCUCAGAUCUUUACAGCGUAGAGGCAAAGAGAGAGUGAGGCUUCAUGCAUACAGCUCCAUGCUCUUCAAAACUCAGAUCAAGAGCCGCUCUUUUGACAUUUGCUUGUGUCAUCAGACAGAACAAGACAGUAAAAUAAUCAUUUCCA